CGGGUGGUUUUGAACGACAAACGACGAACGGCGGGCGGUUGUGGACCUUAACAGGGAGAUGGUGAGCAUGGCGGAGCUGCGGCGCCGUACUGGCAGCCCGCGGGACUGUGACCGGCUACGGGCCGAGCUGCAGGAGUCGUUGCGCAGCCUGUUGGAACAGCCGAGAGAGAGUGCUGAGAACCGGGCUACCUGUGACCGAGUGCUGCGGGCCUGUAUCCAGCGGCUGGGCGAGGGCGCUUCUGACCCUAGGCAUCCCGAUAGCCUGAGCCGACUGGGGGAGCUGGCCUACCAGGGCUACCGGGCCUCGGGCAGUCCACCAGCCCAACCGCUCUAUGCCGAGCGGCUGCUCUUCCAUCUGCUGAGAGCAGCCGCGGCUGCUGGCGCCUCUGCUGACUGCUGCAUGCCCCUGUGCGAUCACCUGUACCAGGACCUGGCCUCCUGCCGCGCUGGGAGUGGUGGCUCCACCCGGGAUUACGAGGCGGUGGCCAAGAACAGCUUCAGUGUGCUGUGGAAGAGGGCAGAGUCUGAGGAGGAGGCAAAAGAGGAAGGUGGAGGCAGACCCUACCAGCGGGCCCUGACACUGCGACUGAGCUCCCUCCGGUUCCUGGCCCUCCUAGAGGGGGGCCCAUCGUGGCCCAGCCCACUGCUUGGGAAGUUCUCACUGGCCUGCAGCCUGUAUGAGAAGGGUGGUGGCUGGCCAAGCAAGGGGCAGGCUGGGCACCUGGCCCGGGUUUUCGAGGAGAGGCUGCUGCCCACGCUGGACUCCACUGGUCGCAGCCCCUUCCUGCUCUGCCAGUUGACCGCCCACUGCUGCUCAGUCCUGUGCCGGGUUGGUCAUCCCUCGCUGGCCCUGGACACCCUUUCCCGGGCCCAGGAGCUCCUCCCCUCCAGCGCCCUGCCCCACUUUGGGGCCUGCCUGGGUCUUUGCCAGCUAGCGGCCCGGAUGAGGCUCCCGGGGCUGGGGUGGAGUGAGACCCUAGACCAGGCCAAGCAGCUGCUGCGCUCGGUGGGAGCGGCUCCAGGCUGGGAUGAGAUGCGGGCCCUGGCCUUGGGCUGCCGGCAACUGACCAUGGCAGCUGGGCUAGAGGCAAGGAGGGGGCGGAAGGAGCCUUUCUCGGCCCAGGAACUGUUGAGGCUGGCUGCCUUCCUCCGGCUCUACCUCCCUCUGCUGACACAGGAGGUGGAUCGGGCUCAGGAACAGAUUCCCCUGUGGAAACAGUGCUAUCAGAGUUUGGAAGGCUUCACCAGCAGUGUGUAUGAUUACCUAAUGGAGUCUCAGGAGAAAGAUCCCUUAGAGGCCCAAUGCUUGGCGGAUUCCUGUCAUGAUAUGGUGAAGACGAUGGUGGAGGUGGAGAUGGCGCUGACCCAGGAGGGUCUGUCUGAGUACGCGGGUGCUACAGCCCUGCGGGUCUACAACCUGGUCUACGGGUUCUACAGCUACAGACUGUUCCCACAGGCGCUAGAGGUGGCCCGUGCCCUGGGAAUGGAGGGACCUCUACCUGGCUGGUUCUGGUACUUAUAUCUCCCCCAGGAUCGGGUUCCUAAGUUCUACCGGCUGCUGGUGGACUGCUGUCGGAAGGCGGGGAGGCUGCAGCUGGCCCUGGACCUGGUCACCGUGUGGCUGGGCUCAACAGCUUGUCCGGGUCCAGGGUCCCUGUCCGAGCCCGUUGCUCUGUGGGUCAGCCUGAAGGCUGAGGCAGUGAAAGAUGGGGACGAGGAGCUCCAGCUCAGGACGUUGAUGGACGCGCUAGAGCCCUGGGACCUGGAUCCCUGUAUCUUGGCUGGGCUGCUCUCUGAGGAGCUGCAGGCCUACAAGCGGCUGCGGGUGGACACAGCCCAGGAAAGGUUCAAUGUGAUCUGUGACCUGCUGCAGCUGGCAGACCAAGAGCCGGGUGCCCAUCUGGAGCUGGAGCGUGCCCUGCAUCUGGUGGAGCUGGCACAGGUCCUGUGUUACCGUGACUUCCGGCAGCACACCCAAUGUUCAGCCACAGACUGCGUGGAGGAGGCACUGAUGAUUCUGGAAUCCUUGCCGGAGACCCCCACCAACAGGCAGCAACUGCGGGAUGACCAGGCUCGAGCCUCCCUGUGGCUCUACGUCUGCAAUCUGGAGGCCAGAAUCCGGGAGAGUGUGGAAGGGUGCCAGAGGAAGCGGGCAGCAGCAGUGGACACCCCUGGGCUGGAGGAGGGAGAAACCAAUGAUGUGGAUUACGAGGAGCAACAGCAGGGGGCAGCCCUCCCACAUGACAGUAUUGCCUUCAACCUGCGUGCCGAGAACCGGCACUGCCGACCCCUGGACCGGGCCCUGUACCUUUGGAAGAGUAUCCUCUCAGAGUGUCCGGCUCCUGCCCUCCGCAGCCUGGAGCAGACAGUCCACGAUCUUCACCUGAUGGCUGCUCUCUACCGGCUCAUGGACAAGCCCUUCCAGGUGAUAGAGAGCUACGGAUUGAGCCUAUGCCUGCUGGAUCCCCGAUCAGAGCCCCUCUCUGUCACCAAUGUCCUGCUGCAUGUGGCCGAGUUUCUGUUGCUGCUGGAAGAUGCCCAGCUGGCAGAGACCUGUUUGGAUGAAGCUGAGCUCCUCCUGAAGAGUUCGGAUCCUGCUAAAAGUGACUACCCACUGGUGAUGUCCACCUACUCUAUCCUGCGCAGUCAGCAGCUCUAUGUCACCCAGCAGGUUGCCAAGGGGUUGGCCCUGCUGCUGGAGGUCUUGCGGUCUCCUUUGCUCCAGAAGCCCUCCAAGGUAUGGUACCUGCUGAAGGCCAAGGCCCAACAGCUGUCGGCUUCCUAUCUCAGCCUGCCUGCUUCUGUCCUCCCGGCCCAGCUGCGUGGAAAGCUCCAGGAACAAGGUUGGAGCUCAGCAGAGGCUGCCCUGACAGACUCCCACAAGAUGCUGUGUGGCAUCGUGAUGCUUCUUUGCCCUGGCAUGCUGACAUUUGGGAACAGCCAGCCUGAGCUGACCUCCCCUCCAAACUCAGGGGACAAUCUCUACCAGAAGUGGCUUGUGCUGUGCUCUUUGCUCACCUGCUCCUGCCGGUUGGUGCGGCUUCUGACAGGAAUCGGGAAUACGCAGGAGGCGAAGAUGUUCUGCCUGGAGGCCCUGAGACUGACCACCAAAUUGCAGUGUGUCCGACCGUGUGCACAGAUGUUAGUGGCCAGUGCAGAGCUGGAGUUGCAGAGGGGCGAGCAUGCGGCCUGUGGGCUGGAACUGGAGCGGGUGCUGGAGCUGCUGGAGUCCGAGACAGAAUUUGGUGCUGAUACCUCAACCGAUGGCAAGGGCAGCAGGAGGAGGAUUUGUCCCUCAAAGGGCCGAGUGGCGGAAGUGGAGGGGGAGGGGAAUGAGAGGGGAGAGGAGGGGGAAACGGCCUCUGCCUUCCUACGGGUCUGCCACUUUUCACCUGCACCUUACCCUUACCCCUGGGGACAGUCUGCCUCGCCUGAGCUCCAGCCCCGGUCCCUGACCCUGCCCCGGGCCCUGGCACACCCUCCCAUCUGCUCCUGCGCCCACUGUACUGACCCCACCCUGUCCUCAACCUGCCUGCGCUGGGCACUGGUCCAGGCCGGCCUGGGACAGCAUGAGGAGAGCUGGGCCCUGUUGCAGGCUGUGCUGGAGAGGGCUAGACCGAGGGCUGCUCGACUACAUGAUAGCCUGGUCCGAGCACUGCAGGCCUCACGCCUUGUAGGCCGAGGAAUGGGUGCCCCAAGACUGGGAUGCCGAAGAAUGGAGGCCCCAGGAGGCCAAGUGGUCAAUCAGGGCUCCAAAAGCCGUAGGGUGGAGGCUUUGGGCCGUGUAGACCAAGAGAUGGGCCCAGCAGGCGGGGAAGACCCUGCAACUGACUCCGCGGUGCUGGGGCCUUGUGAGGCGGCUCGGUCCUACUCGCAGCUGGCCUGGUUGAGCCUGGGCUGCGAGUGGCCGGUCAAGGUCCAGAAGCAACCUCUGGGGGGCCUGGAGUGGCUACGGCCAGGCAAAGGGGGCCCCUUGGAACUGGAACUGACCCAGGCCUGGGCCUCCCUGCUGCUGGUGCAGGCCCUGGGCUUGCUGGGUCCCCUGUCCCAAAGGCAGGGAUGCAGCCCAUUGGGGCUCUUCUCUCCAUCCUGGGGCUGGGCACGAGCACAGGGGCAGGGACAGGACCCUCCUUUUCCCUCCCAGGCGAAGGCAGGGCCAGGCCUGAAGCCCCGACGAGAGAAACCUUCUCGUUUCCGGGUGCUUGAGGACAGGUCAGACAUGGUUUGUGACCGGCCCAGAGCUUGGGCGCGGACCCGGCUGAGGAAAAAGUUUGACGACAGUGAGGUGGAGUGGGACGGAGACCCAGCUGCAACUCCUGCAGCAGAGGCCUCCCCCUCCACCACCACCGCGUCCUCCACCUCCUCAGCCAAAAGUCAAGGCGGAGCUCCUCAGAAACGCCAGUCCAAGGCUCGCAGGCCCCGGCAGGGGGCGGGAAGAGGCAGGCACGAUGCUAAGAGAGGGACGCAGGCCAAGACAGGCUCCCGCAGACAGCCGGUAGAGGAGGUGCCUGAGUCCGAGGUGCUGAGGCGAUGUGAGUUGGCUCCUCAGAAAGGGCCGAACACACUCACACCGGAGAGGAGGGGGAGACAAAUCCCCGGUGAUGCCCAGCACCCUCCAUCCACACUGGGAUUCUCUGCAGAUGUGACUGCGCUGGACUCUGUGUACUCCUGCCUGACAGAGGCCGUGGCCUCCAUUAGCCACUGCCCACCCAGUGGACUGUACGCCAGAGCAUGCCGGCUGCUUGCUCUAUGUGUGGGCUCUCGGGACCCCCACACCACCGCCUUCCUCCUCAGCGAGUCUCUGGCCAUCACCUCCCGUCACCAGAUGAUGCAGAACCUCCACCGUAAGGCCCUGAAGAACAGGAAGGCGCAAGAUGCGGAUGUGACUGCCCAACUGCAGAAGCUGAGCCUGAGUAACAACAGGAAUCCUGGUCCUAAUCCCCACUCUCUCUACCUCUCUGAGCUACACUCAGUGUUUCAGUUCCGGGGGGCCGAGCCCAGUGCUUGGGCCCAGGAUGGAGCUGCCGCCUUCCGGGAGCAGCUAAGGCACAUUCCCGCGGAUGUGAUGGUGUGCCUGUUGACGUUGGCUGCUGUGGGCCCGCACGACACAGGAGAUGUGCUCCUAUUCACCAGGCUGGAGAAGGGCAGGGUGCCCAUCAGUGUCCAGAUACCCACAGAAAGCGGCACAGUCUCGGUCAGCUCGCUGCUGGCAGAGUUUGAUGCCAUCCUGAAGGAGCAGAAGGAGAUCAGCAACGUGUCGGAGCUGAAGGCUUGGUGGGAGGGACGGACUGCCCUGGACCGGCGGAUGAAGCACUUAGUGGAUUCUCUGGAGACCGGUGUGCUGGGCUGCUGGAGGUGUCUGCUGCUGCCUAGUUGCCCGGACACCCAGGUACAGCAGGAAGCAGAGGCUUUUGGCCGUUUCCUGGAAGAGAGGGGCUACCAGUACAAGCACCAGGACCUGCUCAAGGUAGUGCUGAGCGCCUCGCACCUGCUGACUCCGCUGGACAUCCAGUCCCUGUCCGAGGGCCUAAGGGGUGGCUGUCCUUCCGAGGUGGGUGACUACCUGCAAGGGGCCGUGGACAGGCUGAAGCUCCUCACCGGCCGACACACCAGGCAGUCUUCCCAGCUCAUCCUCAUGUUGGACAAGGAUCUGCAGAGACUGCCCUGGGAGAGCAUGCCCUUACUUCGAGGGGGCAGAGUCUCCCGACUCCCGAGCUUCCAGUUCCUACUAGGAUACACCAUCACUAAGAAGCACCAGUUGAAGUCUGUGCUGACGGAAGGCGUGGACCCCGGAAAUGUUUUCUAUGUCCUCAAUCCCCAGGGCAAUCUGCCCAAUACGGAGAAGACCUUCAAGGCCUGGUUUGAGAGGAAGGAGGGGUGGGAUGGUGUGGUAGGGCGAGGACCCAGCCAGGAGCAGCUGAGAUCAGUCCUGUGUAACCGUGAUCUCUACCUGUAUGCCGGUCACGGUGCUGGCGUCCGAUUCCUGGAGGGGCAGGAGAUCCAGAAACUCAGCUGCCGGGCGGUGUCUCUACUUCUGGGCUGCAGUAGUGCCACGCUGGCUCUUCGUGGCAAUCUGGAGGGUGUCGGCAUUGUCCUCAAGUACAUGAUGGCCGGCUGGUGA